UAUUUUCUGGACAUCAACACUAUGCGGAUUCCGGUCAUCGAUUUUUCGGCUUUCCUGGAUGCAUCUAGCAGUAACGAUGCAAAGCUCGAAACAGCCAAGAAGCUCGAUAAAGCAUGUCGCGAAGUUGGUUUCUUUUACCUCUCCGGUCAUGGCAUUGAUCCGGCACUAUUCACUGAAAUGCUGUCAAAUGCCAAACAAUUCUUUACUACUGCUUCUAUCGAGGANAAGGAUGAAAUCAAAGUAAAACCAAGCGGCCAAGGGAUCGGUGAUGAUAGCAGAGGCUACAGAUUGGUNGAAAGGGCUGACGCAAGCUACGAAGUAGGCUUGAGCCAAACGUACCAACCAAAUCCUGAUUUGAUGAUUUUUGCANNGGCUGUUGAUUUUCUUCGCGAACGCGCAACAAAAGGACCACCAUACACGAAAGGUCUUGGUCGUAACCAGUGGCCUAGAAAGCCAGCAUCUCUGCGUCCGAUCGCCGAAGAGUACACUACACGUCUCGUAGCCCUUGGUGUCGCAAUCAUGAAAGCUUUUGCCUUGGCUUUGAAUGUGCCCGAAGAAGUAUUUUCCAGCAGAGUUGACGAAUCAUUCUGGCAACUGCGUUUGGCUGCGUAUCCUGGAGUUUCAAAAGAACCGGACCAGUCAAAGAGCGGACUAUACCAGCACAGCGACUUCGGGAUCCUUACGUUUCUUUUGACUGACGAGCAUAAAGGCUCUUUGAAAGUUCUCGCCCCUAAUGGAGAAGACUGGAUAUCUGCAGAUCCUGUUCCAAAUGCCCUCAUAUGUAAUAUUGGCGACAUGCUUUCUGUCUGGACCGAUAGCAUCUACAAGUCAACACAACACAAAGUACUGCACGUAUCGCAAGACAUGCGCAUAUCCAUUCCAUUCUUCUUCGAUCCGAACUGGGAUGCUAGGAUCGAGCCUGUAUUGGGAAAUGCCGAGAAAAAGUCGAAAGGAGAUGGUGUGAACUACAAGGACAUAUUCACAGGUGCAAUCAAAUAUCCUUACUGA